GCUUCCUUCCUUGCUGUUUGCCUCAUGAUUAAAGCCGAGCCUAAUAAGCCCUCUGACACGACGGCGACGGCGACGAUGGUGAUGAUAAAGCGGGGAAAGGGAUGUUCCACUGGAAAAACGUCCUCCGCCGGCUACCUCCUUCCUCCGGCCGUUGGAGGAGAAUAAUUUAGCAGCAGCGGCAACCUUCCAUCUCUCUCUGUCUUCCUCCUGAAGAGAGCCCGGUCCAGCGUCCUCUUCCUGCUGCGGCCGCAGCGCGGCGACCCCCGGCGGAAACCGAUCGGGGAGAGAGGCCAUCUUCUUUCUUGGUCGCUCGACCUGUUUCGCUGCCGCCGCUGCUGCUGCUUUGCCCGGGCUGAGAGAGAAGGUUGGUGUCCUUGGAUUGGAAGAGAGAGAAGGCAGGCAGAGGUGGAGAAAGAGAUCGGAAGGGUUGUUCCUCAUGGGGAACUGCCUAGGGGGGAGCUCCUACUCCUACAUCAACAAGGUCUCCUCCACUGCGAAGCCAGAGAGCCCUCCACCCAAGAUCCAGAGCCCCUCGGAGCGGGACCGGAGCGAGGACCGCAAGCUGCCGUCGAACCCCGGCGAGGUGGAGGCCCUGCGGCGCGGCGCGUCGUCGGCGGCGUCGCGGAACCCGCUGGUGGCCUUCUCCUUCGCGGAGCUCCGGCGCGUGGCCAGCGACUUCCGCAAGGACGCGCUGAUCGGCGGCGGCGGCUUCGGGCGCGUGUACAAGGGCUCCUUGUCGGCGCCCGGGGACGCCGCGGCGGCGGCCACCCUGGUCCCCGUGGCCGUGAAGGUCCACGACGGCGACAACAGCUUCCAGGGCCACCGCGAGUGGCUGGCGGAGGUGAUCUUCCUGGGGCAGCUCUCCCACCCAAACCUGGUGAAGCUGGUGGGCUACUGCUGCGAGGGCGAGCACCGCGUGCUGGUGUACGAGUACCUGCCCCUGGGCAGCGUGGAGUCCCACCUCUUCUCCCGCACGGCGCCGCCGCUGCCGUGGGCGGCGCGGAUGCGCAUCGCGCUGGGCGCGGCGCGCGGGCUAGCGUUCCUGCACGGCGCGUCGCCGGCGCCGGUGAUCUACCGCGACUUCAAGACCUCCAACAUCCUGCUGGCCCCGGGGUUCCACGCCAAGCUCUCCGACUUCGGGCUGGCCAAGGACGGGCCCGUCGGGGAGCAGUCGCACGUGUCGACGCGGGUGAUGGGCACGUACGGGUACGCGGCGCCCGAGUACAUGAUGACGGGGCACCUCACGGCGGCCAGCGACGUGUACAGCUACGGCGUGGUGCUGCUGGAGCUGCUCACGGGGCGGCGGUCGCUGGACCGGUCGCGGCCGCCGCGGGAGCAGGCGCUCGCCGACUGGGCGCUGCCGGCGCUGCCGAACAAGAAGAGGGUGAUGGGCAUCGUGGAUCCGAGGCUGAUGCAGCUGCAGGGCGACGGCGCGCCGCCGCCGGCCCGGGCCGUGCAGAAGGCGGCCAUGCUGGCGUACCACUGCCUGAACCGCAACCCCAAGGCGCGGCCGCUGAUGCGCGACGUCGUGGCGUCGCUGGAGCCGCUGCAGCAGCCGCCCGAGGAGCCAGGCGCCGCCGCGUGACCGGACACCGGAGAGAAGACGCUGCUUGUUGCUUGAUGCUUGUGGAAGCAAGGAAGGUGCUCGAUUGUUUGUACGCGUGUAAAUCCGACCAAGCUCUUGAGGUUAACCCUCUCGCAACUUUGCCUCCGUGCCUGAUUUCGCGAGUCGGGGUCGAGCACUCGUGCCGAUGCCCCGGCUGUAGGCAAGGGAUUUCCCGGCCGCUCCAGCAGCCGCCGCCUGAAUUGGAUGGAGAUGGAAUGGAAUUCCACGGCAUGGCUGCCAAUUGGUACCCCGCGAGGGCGGCGUGAA